AUGUAUUGGAAUAGGCGCGAACCCCUCUUCGCAGAGAAGGGCAUGUACUUGGGCUCGCCAUGCGAGUUCACGUGCAACCCGCGACUGGUGCAUGUGUACUGCGACCCCACGACAUCAUCGUGUCAAUGCGACCCCAAACACCCAGUCGCGCUCGGCAUCGCUAAAGGAUGCGCCAAGCCAAAGAAGCUCGGCGAGCAGUGUUUCUACCGUCAGACGUGUCGUGCGUUCGAUGCUCACGCGUCCUGUGUUCAAGUCAACCACAACGCCUACUGUCAGUGUGACUCUGGCUACCAUAGCACAACGCACAACCGACCUACCCAAAGGGUCUUCUGCACUGAAGAUCUGGUGCUGCUGACGGCGGACAUGCCGACGCUGCUAGGCGUGGCGUCGGGUAUCUUCGUGCUGGCGGGGCUGCUCUGCAUGGUGCUGCACCUCUACACCAAGGCCCGCUACCACCCCACUCAUCUAGCCGAUGCGCGCCUAACACCGCCCUGUUUAUACUCUCUUAACGAUACCGUAAUGGUAAUGUCUGCGGCAGGUGGCACACUGAGCGCGACCCGUGCGUCGUCACGCGCGUCCUCUCACACGUCAGGCUCGAUCGGCACGGGCGCCACGAGCGGCACGCUGGAGUCCCGUCGCGCGUCGCGGCGCGGCGUGCCGGUGUCAGCGUCGCGCGCAGGUGCGGCGCGCACGGCGGCCAUCUUGCUCAUCUCGCGCCACCUCAAGGCCGUAAGGCGGGAUGGCGGCGCGCACCCGCCUAAGUGCGCCGCCAAAGGUUCGAGACGUCCAAGUUUAAGUUCGGUGCAGAGCAGUUCUUCUUCGAUUAGGAGCUACAGUGCGAAGAGGUGGGAGCGAGAAAGGGAGCAGAAAGAGAGACGGCAGAUGAGCAUGCGGUUGGCCCAACUGCAUGACAAGAUGGCGGCCGGUCGAGAAAUUCCGAAGCACGCACCCACUCCCUCACCUCGCUCUCCCAACAAUUCGACCGACGGACUGCUGCCGUCUGUAUGUGAAAUUAGAGAAGUAUGGUCAUCCUCCUAUCCUGUAGACAAUAGACCUGUGAAAGCAGAAUAG